AUGGCGACAUCUGACUGCCUGUGUCUGCCACUCCAGAAAGUGCUGGAGCCAUUCGCCCCGGGUGUCCACACCACCAUCUCCUAUGCCUCAACGGACGGCGAGUACAAGGACGACGGGAAGAGGAAGUGCUUCGUGGUCAACGGCCGCUACCGAUGCCACAAUUUGGAAGCCCACGGAUUCGCGCUGAUGUGCGUUCCCUUAGAGAAGACUCAAGGCCACGACUUGUACAACUACCUGGUGGCGAGCAAGGUCUUGUACCCUUUGGCUGAGGACGUCCUCCGCCGAGCCUUUCCAACCUCGACGAAGGUUUUGGUUUUCGACCACAUCGCCCGCAAUGAUGCGCGGUAUGCCCAGGAGGCGAAAGCCGGCGAGAUCACGAAGAUGUUGGCAUCAUCCUAUGCUUUCCACGUGCAUGGCGACUACACUGUGCGAUCAGGCUUCAGUCGAGCCAGGUCACUCCUGGAGCCACAUGAAGAUUCGGGCCGCAUCGAGGCCGCGAUCCAACAGCGCUUUGCCUUCGUGAACGUCUGGGUGCCGCUGAAGAAGGUCGAGCGGGAUCCCCUUGGCAUGAUUGAGUGGGGCAGCCAGCGACCGCAGGAUGUGGUCUCCAUCAAGUUCAUCUAUCCGCAUCGCACCGGAGAGAUCUACAGGGUGCUGCCGUCGGACCACCACCGGUGGGUCUACUACCCGGACAUGAUGCCCGGCGAGUGCUUGAUCUUUAAGGUUUUCGAUUCGGCCACAGAUGGGCGAUCCCGCUUCUCCCUGCACGCGGCCUUCCCGGAUCCAAACUGCAAGCCCGAUACGCCCAGCCGGGAAAGUAUCGAGAUGCGAUGCGUCGUCUUCUUUGGCCCCAACUCUGCAGUUUAG